AUGUCUGUCCAAAACCACACUAUGGUGGCAGAAUUCAUUCUCUUGGGACUCACGGACGACCCAGUACUAGAGAAGAUCCUGUUCGGGGUGUUUCUGGUGAUCUACCUAAUCACUUUGACAGGGAAUCUGUGCAUGAUCGUGCUGAUCAAGACCAAUGCCCACCUCCAAACACCCAUGUAUUUCUUCCUUAGCCACCUCUCCUUUGUAGACAUUUGCUAUUCUUCCAACAUUACCCCAAGUAUGCUGUACAAUUUCCUCUCAGACCAGAAGACCAUCUCCUAUGCUGGGUGCUUCUUGCAGUGUCUUCUCUUCAUUGCCCUGGUGAUCACUGAGUUAUACAUCCUUGCCUCAAUGGCCUUGGAUCGCUAUGUAGCCAUCUGCAGCCCUUUACACUAUAGUACCAGAAUGUCCAAGGACACUUGUACCUCUCUAGUCAUGGUAUGUUAUGUUUUUGGCUUCCUUAAUGGACUCUCUCAGGCACUGCUGACCUUUCACUUGUCCUUCUGUGGCUCCCUUGAAAUCAAUCAUUUCUACUGUGCAGAUCCUCCUCUUAUAAUGCUGGCCUGCUCUGACACCCAUGUCAAAACAAUGGCAAUGCUGGUAGUGGCUGGAUUUACUCUCUCAAGCUCUCUCUUAGUCAUUCUCCUAUCCUACCUGUUCAUUCUUGCAGCCAUCUUGAGGAUCCGUUCUGCUGAAGGUAGGCAUAAAACGUUCUCUACCUGUGGUUCCCACCUGACAACAGUCACUAUAUUUUAUGGGACCCUCUUUUGCAUGUACGUAAAGACCCCAUCUGAGAGGUCUGUACAGAAGUCCAAAAUAAUUGCAGUCUUUUAUACUUUUUUGAGCCCAAUGCUGAACCCAUUGAUCUAUAGUCUAAGGAACAAGCAUGUGAUCCAUGUCCUGCAGCAGAUGAUGAGAGGAAAUCUCUUCCAUAAAAAUGCAGUUUAG